AUGCCGAUCUAUCUGUCUAUGCAGCGGGUGCGCUUCUCUAGCCCGGACGCGUACGAGAAGUUCAAAGUCCUCUUCGCCGACACUCGUCGCCAUCUGAUGACGCUGCCGGGUUUCCUCCACCUGACGUGGUGGGAGCACCCCGACGACCGGAGCUGGUACAACGAAUGCAGCUUCUGGACGAGCCGCGGUGCGCUCUACGACUGGCACAAGAACACGUACCACAAGUACUGCAAGACCUGGGCCGCCAACGGGGCCAUCAUGGAGGACAUCAUCACCAACUUCGAGCUCGUCGGGACCCGCCUGUUGCGUGUCUGCCCUGUCUGCAACCUGGCCGUGGACAAGAAGUACGACCUGGCCCAAGAGCAGGCCGUUCUACACGAACAGUGCCCCCAGUGUGGCUUCCACUUUCCUGUUCUGGAGGAGACGCCGUCGAGUUUUGCCGUGUUCAAGGAUGCCGUGGUUGGGACGGACUCCAAGAACGCAGAAGGAGAUAAGGCGGGAGAGCAAAGUGCGAAGUAA